AACCGAACCGCAAUCCCUCGGAUUCUCAAGACUCCCGAGAACUCUUGUUGGAGUAUACUCUAGGAAAGAAAAAAAAAUCCGUUCAGAGUCGUGUUCUAACUUUGAUGGAGUGUAGAUCACGUCCUAUUUGCCGUCAUCGUCGAGUUUUCGGAGUUCUUCCGUCCUUGAAAUCCAGCCAUCGUCGCUUUGAAGCUGCUUCAGCUUGAAUCAGAUUGCAAGCAUUGACUUGACUUGACAUUGUGGGCGGUGCGUGUUAGCUGACGAUGGGGGAGUGUUUCCAGGUCUAAUGCAGAGGAUCCAGUGUUUAAAGAGAUCCUCCGAGCAAUUUUGAAAACCCGUGCUUGAUCCUGUUGUGCGAGAAAAUUGACCACUCACAAUGAAGGCGUGUGGAUUCGUGACACUUUUAGCCUUUUCAUCGACUUGGAUGGGAUCAGCUGUUCAAGCUCAAACCAUACAUAAAGAUCCCAAAUUCAAAGUCUCUUGUACACCACGAGAAAUGAAAGUCGAACUUGUCAAACCUGCAGAUGUCACACAUGUGUACCUGGAACACCUAAAGCAGUACCCAGAAAAAUCUUGCAAACCUGUGAUAGAGGGAGAUAAGGUGACCUUCAGUCUCGAUUUGAAAGAUAUUUUCAAAUGUAUGGUCACCAAGGUCGUCAACAGAGCUUCGGGUCUUCGAGUAUAUUACCAUAGAGUCGUUCUGGAGCACUCAGAAGGUCCGAAACAAUCAUUCUUCGUGAAAUGCAGUUCCGCAUUCAAUUCGACAGGUUCGGCUGGUGUGGAUUCGAAAAUCUCCAAAAGAUCGGCGCAAAGGGAAGAAAUCCGAUUCAUUGAGGAUGAAGAAAUUGAAAUCACAGGCGAGGUCACCGGGCGAGCUCCCAUUCCUGAACUGAUUUCAGGGGUCCGACAGAACAAUGUCCUGAUUGAUGACGAAUUGACAGUCAAGCCAGGAACGCCCUUAGAAAUGGAAAUUGGUUUGGAUCGCGCCUCAUCUGACAUUUAUGGAGUCAGUGUGUCCUACAUGGAGGUCACUGACACCAAGUCCAAAGCUGAAUCCCUUAUCUUCAACGGAUGCUCAGUGGAUCCACAACUGUUCCAAAAUUUCAAGACUGAGGAUGGAGACCAACUUCGCGCGGAGUUCAGGGCGUUCAAAUUCCCAGAAAGCAACUUUGUCCUCUUCAAGGGCAUGGUUAAUGUUUGUCUCGAUUGGUGUACAGCUGUCAAAUGUGCCAACGGAGAAGUUGGAUAUGGAAAGCGACGUCGGCGAGAUGUGUCUGAUGACGAGGCUUCCCGAAUUAACAAGAUUUACGAAGUCAGCAUGGCCACCAUUGUCAAAGUUGCAGAAGAACCCGUUGAAGGAAAGCCUGCGGAUCUAUGGCUAGAAAAAGCCACCCUGCAAGAAGUUUUACAUCCGGAUGAUGCCGCCAUCGCUGCCUUGAGCGAGGAGUUUGGAGCUUACAAGUACAUCGAUUUCCAAAGCUCAUCCUCGUCGUUAUCAGCGUCAGUUGGACUCGUCUUUCUCAUUGGGCUUCUUCACCACAUAAUGGCCUUUUAAAUUCAAAAGACAUUGUAACCACUCCUUUUGGCAUUAUUCUAACGUACUUGAAUCUCCACGCCCAGUUCAGUCCCCAGCCCUCCAGCCUUGCUCACCCGAUUCGGCAUCAUUUAAAGAAGAAGAAAAAAAUUAGUUAUUAAGGCUGGAUACAAUUUUUAUGUGUUUUUUCUAUGCGACUAAUCAAGACUGAACGACAACUCGACGGACCCCAGUGUCAUUAGGAUAUAAGGCCAUGCUAAGAGGUGUUCCAACAAUAGUGCUUCAUACCUGUCGUUACCACCAAGAAGAGAGAGGGAUCACCAACUUGGACUCGGCACUUUGCCACGUUUUCUGUGUUUGUGACUUGACGGACUUUCAUAUCAAGGCAUUCGAUGUAGGCAUGUGGCCUAUUCGGCUGGAUGGGACAAGUGUGUGCUGGUGCAUCGAUGAUCUCAAAGGAUAUGCUGAGCAUUGAAUCGUUGGCAUUUUUUCUGGAGGUUUGUGCAUUUUCUUUUCCUGAAGUACCGAAGUCGCUGUGGUCGUCCAAGACUCUCUGACCUGCUUUGCACGCCUAUCCUACCAAGAUCGAAUCCGAUGUCUUCCAAUCCAGUCCAAGGUCACCGCCCUAUUUGCCGAAAGCGAAUCAAGCCAUGCAGUGUGACUACGAAAGAGGUGGAACCAAAAAUAUCCUCCAAAAAAUUAAUAACCAAAGAAAAAACUUCCCCUCAAGUACGCCAUACUUGGAGUUCAUUACUGCCGAUCCUUAUCUCAACCUCGGAGGAACCCUUUUUCUACUCAAAAAAACAACUACAUUUGGUCAGUUAUUUGAGAUUGAAGAAGUGAAUGACUCAAACGAAGCUUUUUUCCUUGUCUCGGUCUCUAGUGAACGGGUUUGAUCAAGAUCUUUACAAACCCCAGCCAUCUAGAGAAAGUUCCAUCAUCAAAAUCCGAGAGUGAACACCUUGAAGAGUAUGAAACCCCAAUAUCGUUUACAUUAACCCCUCCAAGUAAAACCACGCAUGCUUACUUUUUUGCCUUUUCCCAACAUCCUGAUUGUACCUUCCACAAGUACCUUCACAAAAUUGUGCUUUUUAUGUUUGCAUGCAAAUACAGUAGAACUACUUUUGAGUAACAAUAGGAUUAGCCCUUACAGGAGCUGAAACUUGUGUUUCCUCCAAUCCAUAAGCUAACCCUCCAAUACCCAUUGCACAUUGAUAAUCUUGACAAGAAUGACGGGCUGUGAGCCAGAGUCCUCGGAUACCAUCAGCAAUUGUCUGACAAGCACUCGAACCAUGUUCCACACCACCUAUUUUCUCAGCAAUCCCAUUGAGGGCUUCAACUCGAGUCCAAUUUCUGUCAAUACCCUUACAAUCUUGUAGUUGUUAACACCCAAAACUAUGAUGACCUAACAAUGAAUCUUUAAACUGUACACUCAAGCAACCCGGUGGUCACAGAGUAUUCGAAUUUGAACCGGUUUGCAAGGUGUUGUCAGGGUGACUGUGAUUUUCUGUUCAAGCUGCACUCGUCUAUAUCACAACCAAAUUCAUUUCCGAAAGCUUGUUCCCCAUCUUACCAGAAGGAAAUGUCAUUUACAUCCAUGGAAGCCCUGACAUGAUCCAUGCACAACCUGGUCCAAUUUAUGACUCUGGACCGAGAAAUUCCGACUUGCAAAGAGCCAUAUAUGUUUCUCCACUAUAAUCUGAAAGGGUUCCAGGGAGCUUUUUGUGUCUUCUUUUUUCAAUGGAACAAACAAUUGCCAUUCCAAGAUUGAUUCGACGACUUAUUCGGGUUAGAUUGAAGACUUGAAGAAAUCAGCUGACUUUUGUACCAUAAAAAGAAAUAAAAUGUUAACAAACCUCUUA